AUGCCUCUGGUUAAGAGGAACAUCGAGCCGCGUCACCUCUGUCGAGGGCAGCUGCCCGAGGGCAUCGGCAGCGAGCUGGAGUGUGUGAUGAACAACACACUGUCUGCCAUCAUCCGCCAGCUCAGCAGCCUCAGUAAACAUGCAGAGGACAUAUUUGGUGAGCUCUUUAAUGAAGCCAACACCUUUUAUCUCCGAGCUAACUCCCUGCAGGACCGCAUCGACAGGCUGGCUGUCAAAGUCACACAGCUGGACUCGACUGUGGAGGAAGUUUCUUUGCAAGACAUCAACAUGAGAAAGGCCUUUAAGAGCUCCACCACGCAAGACCAGCAGGUGGUGUCCAAGAGCAGUGUCCCCAAUCCGGUCAAAGAGAUGUACAACCUGAGCGACAAGCCUCCUCCUCUCACAAUCCUCACACCUUAUAGGGAUGACCAAAAGGAAGCUCUUAAGUUCUACACAGACCCCUCCUACUUCUUUGACCUGUGGAAGGAGAAGAUGCUACAAGACACUGAAGACAAGAGGAAAGAGAAGAGGAAGCAGAAGGAGCAGAGGCGCUGUGUGGACGGAACACUGCAGAGGGAGGUUAAGAAGGUUCGCAAAGCGCGGAAUCGUCGGCAGGAGUGGAACAUGAUGGCUCUGGACAAGGAGCUGAGGCCGGACCACCGGCACACCAUUCACAGAGACAGAGGGACAUCCUCUGAGGGCUCGAUGUCACCUGAGAACAGGGGUCUCGGUGCAGAUCAUCAUCACUACCCCAACAGCAUGAACCAUGCUGGCCACGCCCACACUUACUCCGGUCCUCCCCCAAGUGUCCUUGCUGCCCAAAUGGCUGGACACGCCGCUCGUGGCGUUGGGGAACAUGACAGCCGGGGCAGAACAAUGAUGGCCUAUCAGGGUGGAACUCUGGGACGCUCUCACAUCCACCAAGUCCCACUGCCGCCACCACCAGCUGAAGCGAUGAACGGCGGAUCCAUGUCACUUCCACCCAUGGAAUACAGUAUGGAUGGUUACGCCAACACCGGCCCUCCUCCUCCUCCCUCCGCUCCCCUCAUCCCUUCUGCCCAGACAGCCUUUGCCUUACCACCUGGAGGUCCCAUGCCUCCUGGGACGAUGGUUACUGUUGCCGGCUACGCUCCGCCCCCACCACCUGUAUCUGGGGCCCAGGCAGCUCCACCCCCUCCUGGUCCUCCACCACCUCCCAUUCCAGCUGGUGCCUCCCACUCCACAACCCACAAGAUGUCCUCUGUGACAGUCUCUGAGAACACUGCUGUCAACGAUGCCCGCAGUGAUCUGCUGGCCGCUAUACGCAUGGGUAUCCAGCUAAAGAAGGUGCAGGAGCAGCAGGAGCAGCAGGCCAAGAGGGAGCCGGUCGGAAACGACGUGGCCACCAUCCUGUCGCGACGCAUCGCUGUGGAAUACUCCGACUCAGAGGACGACUCCGAGUUAGAGGAGAACGAUUGGUCGGAUUAACACGCGCACUAAUGAAGUAGGGUAACCAUGGACACACUCAGUAGGACGUGCUGUCAAUCAACCUCACUCUCACCUGGAGGGAAUCUCACCGUCACAUUCAGGAGCUUUUGCAUAAAACACACAGUGAAGGUUUAAAUAAGCUGAAUUAUCCAAAACAUGAAUAAAACUAUGUACAUAUUCAGUAAUACUGACCACUAUGUGAACUAUUUUACACUCAAGUUAUACUCAGAAGCCUUGUGAAUACACCUCAGUGGAUGUUUUCCUCCUCUAAUAACACUAGCGACACCGCGUAAAACUGCUCAUCGUAUUGUCAGAGCUCAAGAGUGUUAGAAAUAUUAGAAACUUUCCUCUGGAGCCAGCUAAUGUACUUUUUUUUAUAUUGAAAUGUCUGACUAUUCCAUAGAGCUUAAGACAAAUUUUUAUUUUGUAGGUGUAACUGGAAGGGUCGUUCGGGCGUAGGUGGGGUCAGACAGGUGGAGGUAGAAGGAUGCAAAAAAGCAAGAUAUCUUACCGAUUAGAAAUAUAACUGAGCCACCUGCGAUUGGGAGGUGUCGGAAAGGAGGUGUUGUGUAUACGAUGUGUAACCUCUCAAUCACAGAGAAAUAAAACCAUGAAUGAAGGAUUGUG